UUUUACUAUUAACUCUUGGCGCGUUGAUUGUUUGCCACGUUAUUUUUCGCUUGCUUCGUUUUUUUUACUUGAGCGUGUGAUAUUAAGAUCUUAUCUUGCAGUCUUUGGUUCUUAUGAACCAUGUUGAUCCCUGAAGACCAAAUAUGGAUGGUCGUUGUUGGUUUCAUAAUAGCUUUUAUUCUUGCUUUUGGAAUUGGUGCAAAUGAUGUGGCAAAUUCAUUCGGGACUAGUGUUGGGGCCAAAGUAUUAACACUGAAACAAGCUUGUAUUCUUGCUACAAUCUGUGAAUUAAGCGGUUCUGUUCUUUUAGGUGCUAAAGUUUCCAAUACCAUACGGAAAGGUAUUGUUAGUGUCGAACUUUUUCAAACCAUCGACAACGGGCAUGUACUCUUGAUGGCCGGACAGGUUGCUGCUCUGGGUGGUUCUUGUAUUUGGCUUUUGGUUGCUACAUUCUUCCGUCUUCCAGUCUCUGGCACACAUAGUAUUGUAGGUGCAACGAUAGGUUUUAGUCUUGUUGUUUUUGGACUCAAUGCUAUUCAAUGGAAAGGACUACUCAAAAUUGUUGGAUCAUGGUUUCUCUCACCUCUUCUAAGCGGUUUGGCAUCUAUCGGAGUAUUUUUCCUAAUGCGUUUUAUGGUGCUGAGAAAAGAAGAUCCUCUUGAACCUGCACUUAAACUUAUCCCAGGUUUUUUCGGCACAGUGGUUCUGGUCAAUAGUUUUUCAAUAUUUUACGAAGGACCUUCAUUGCUGAAAUUCGAUAGGAUACCUCUUUAUGGAAUAUUUAUAAUUAGCUGUGGUUUAGGUAUUAUCACUGUUCUACUUGUGAAGUUUGUUUGGGUACCUUUGGUUCGUCGACAUAUUUUAACUGGAGAAUCGAGUAGACAUAUUUUAAAAGGCUAUUUUUCCCGUAAGAGCAAAAAGAAAUUGUCAGUCGCUGUAGACGAUAGGUAUCAAUCUGUUGAGGAUAAUAAAUCUUCCAAACUUUCAAGCAGUAAUCAUGAAUCGAUUGAUAUGGAUACGUAUGUACCUCGUGCAGAGGGAGAGGCUGUGGUUGGAUUUCGAAACAAUGUUGCCAAAGGUAAUACAGAUGACAAAGACAAACUUGGACGAGUUACUAAUGAAAAUAAUGGUGUAUUGCAGGGAUUAGAAAAUCAAAAUAAAGUUUCAAGUCAUUUCGAAGUGAAACCAAGUAAUCUAGAUGAAACAGUUUAUAAAAGAAAUCAGUUAAAUAAGGUUUUGGAUUAUUCACCAAAUGAUCAAAAUGCCAUCACGGAUGGUAGUCAUAAUUUAACUAAUGGUAAAAUGAAUGUAUCAUUUCCUCCUAACCUGUCUACAAUUGGUGAAGAACCAGAUCCUAUCGAUUCAGUUAAAGAUCGUCCUGCUGAAGCUCAAGUUUUCUCUUCUUUACAAAUUUUAACAGCUGUUUUUGGAUCAUUUGCUCAUGGUGGUAAUGAUGUAAGUAAUGCUAUCGGGCCGUUGAUUGGUUUAUGGCUUAUUGCCACAACACAAUCAGUUGAUUCAUCGAAAACUACAGAUGUUUGGAUUUUGGUUUAUGGUGGUGUUGGUAUAUCAGUUGGUCUUUGGAUAUGGGGUAGACGAGUUAUUCAAACAUUAGGUGAAGAUCUGACGAAAAUAUCACCUUCCAGGUCAUAAGAUUCAUUCUCUGAUGGAACAACAGCAAGUAAAAACACGAAUUUAAAGAAGAAUGUUGGAUCACUGUGGUGGUGGGAUGUAGUCGAUGUAAAUUCUUACCAAACAAGAACUUUUCUUCAGUAAUCGACAUCUUAUUUGAUUCUGACAGUGCACAAUAAAGUGGUUUUUCAGUGUCAUCUUUUUUAAAGUGUACUUUGUGUCCGCUGUGAGAGUCAUCUGAUGGGAUGCAAAGAAAGUGAAAUUAUAACGAGUGUUUAGUAUUUUUUAGUUUUUUGGUAUAACUUACAAUACUUUUCAGCUCGUCACUUAGUUAAUAUUCAGCGAUCAAGACGUGGAGACAGUUGUGUCCCUUUUCUUCUGUUCCUUUUUUGAAGGAAUUUAUGGGGAUCGUUAAAUGUUCAUAGCUUACAUCACGCGUUGAUUUUACUUAAGCAACCAGUAUGGGACUGCUCGUUAAUGAGCAUCCUUAACCCCACUGAGGAUCAAGUUUAAGGAUUUAAUUUCUUGAGAUGAGCACUUAACCUUCAGACCACUUAGUUUGCAUCUAAUGGUUUACACCAACUGAAAUCAAUUAGCGAUAUUGUGCAACCACAAUCCAUUUCCUGUGAUGGGUAUCUGUCUCACACUUGACUGGUCACGCCUUCUCAUUGGAACUCCUGGAAAUUUGUCACUAUUGAACACAACUAUUAUUGGUACGGCGUUUGUAGAAAUAGUUGGAUUGGUUUCGUUUAUAUACACUAUAUGUAGGUCGGGCGUAAGUGUAUGAAAAUGGAAGUUCAAGAAAACUCACCAAUUCUUUACUAUACAUUUUCACUGAAUUGUUUAUUUUUAUUAUUAAUAACAUUAGUAUCAUUAUUCUUUUAUUUUGUUAUCAGUGGUGUCUGUAUUGAAAUUGGUUCAGCCCUAACUGUAUUAAUUGCUAGUAAAAUUGGUCUUCCAAUAUCAACUACACAUUGUAAAGUUGGUUCAGUGGUAUUUGUUGGACGUGCACGUUCUAGAGACAAUGUUAAUUGGGGUAUAUUUCGUAAUAUUCUAGUUGCAUGGUUGGUAACCUUACCCGCUGCUGGUGCUAUCUCUGCUUUACUCAUGUAUAUAUUUACAUUUGUAGUAUGAAUUUAGUUUAUUAUUAAUAAAUAUUUUAUGAUUAAAAAAUCUGUUUUUAUAAGUAAAAUGAACGAACAGAAUAAACUAAAUCUCACAAAUCAUUAAUGUAACUUCUUGUUUGUAUCCUCAUUCAUUUUGAGCGAACUGAUUGAUUUUUUUCUGCUCACUUUUUCAUUUACUUACUAGAUUUCUAUUGUUUUUGUUCUUUUUUUCGUUCAACACAUCCGCUUGUAAACACAUAUGCACAUACACAGAAUAGAAAAACAUUUACUUUUCUCCCUCGUUAUCAUUACUAUUAUUGUGAACUGAUCUCGUAUUAAUUAGAUAAAUGUUCUUAUUAGUACAAGUGGUGAUGGUUUAUUUAGUUGAUGUUCUGUUUAAAAAUAAAAGUCCCCUUAAUCUCUUAUCAUCUUUAUUACGUUCAACGUCUGUGGAAAUAGUACCCUGUUCACCAGUUAACACUGUACACAGUUUACUCACAUACAUACACAUAAACAGAGACAAGGAAUAGUAAAAAAAAACAGAUUUGUAGCAACAUCCUUUUGAAUUGUAACAUAAAACAUUAUUAUUUCCUUGUAAUUUUGUUUUUAUCAACUAAUAUUAGUGAAAAAAUGUUUUAUUUUUCUAGUUACUACUUCCUUGAUAAGUUGUUUGUUUAAUGAGCAGUUAUUAUUAAUUAUUAAUUUAUGAUGUGAUUCAAUUAAUUAAUUAAGAGAACCUUUGAAAAAUGUUUGUUCGGUUGUUUUUUUCCCCAUGUUUCUUUAUUAAUCAUAUAAACUAUAGGAUAGAUAGAUUGAACUAAUGAUAUCACUUUUUGUAAGAAAUAAAUCUUGGAUUUGUUUCGAUUAAUGAUGAAACGACGUUAAUACAUAGUAAAAUGGUAUUACAUUCACUUUGAACACCAUUAUUUACAGUGGUGUUAUUUUCUCUGAGCUGGAUGGUUUCAUAUUGUAUCUUAGAUCUUGUUUCAAUAUACUGAGUUAUCUCAAAAUGUAUCUUUACAGAUAGACUUUUUAGUGGGUAAAAAUGUACUAGUUGGAUGAUAUUGUAUUUUAUCCAGUGAAUGAAUAUAAUUGUAGUGGGUA